AUGGCGAACGUCUUUUUCGAUGUCUCUAUUGGGGGCGCGGCAGCCGGCCGCAUUGUGUUUAGGUUGUAUGAUGAUAUCGUCCCGAAGACGGCAGCAAACUUCCGCGCACUGUGCACGGGGGAGAAGGGCUUUGGUUAUUCGGGAUCGACGUUUCACCGGAUCAUCCCGCAGUUCAUGGUGCAGGGCGGAGACUUUACGCGGCACAAUGGGACGGGGGGGAAGUCGAUCUAUGGGGAGCGGUUCCCGGAUGAGAACUUUGUCGUGAAGCACGCAAAGCCAGGACUGCUAUCGAUGGCAAAUGCAGGGCCAAACACGAAUGGGUCGCAGUUCUUUAUCACGACAGUGGUGACGUCGUGGCUGGACGGGAAGCACGUGGUGUUUGGGGAGGUGACGGAGGGGAUGGAUGUGGUGAAGAAAAUUGAGUCGCAUGGGAGUUCGAGCGGGACGCCGGCAGCAAAGAUUGUGAUCGAGCGGUGCGGGACAGUGUAA